AUGGGUACUAAAGUGUGUGAUAUUGGAGAUGAUGUUAAGGAAACAUUGAGAAAGUUUCGGUUCCGUAAAACAACAAAAAAUGCUGCUCUUAUAAUGAAAGUAGAUAGAGAAAAACAGCAAGUAUGUGUAGAUGAAAUGUUGGACGAUGUUACUCUUGACGAACUAAGAGAAAUUUUACCUGGUCAUCAGCCACGUUAUAUUAUUUACUGCUGUAAAAUGGAACAUGAAGAUGGGCGAGUGUCAUUCCCGAUGUGCUUCAUUUAUUUCACCCCAAGAGAUAGUCAUAUGGAAUUACAAAUAAUGUAUGCAGGCACUAAAAUGGCCUUACAACGUGAAGCCAACUUGACUAGGGUGUAUGAAGUGAGAGAAUUGGAUGAAAUGACCGAUGAGUGGUUACAAGACUGUGUUAUGGGAAAGUAA